UUUGCGGGGAAUGUGCUCUCCAACUUUCUGACUGUCUGCUCUCAUGGUGAGAGGAGGACGCAGAGGAUGGGAGUAACCUGGUCCUCCAGAUGCCUCGCACUCUUUCUAGCUCUACACAUAGUCUCUGUGUUGCAGACGGUGCUGGUCAGUGCUGGUCAAUGUGACUCUGUGUUUAAAGGUUUCUCGGACUGUCUGCUUCAGUUGGGGGAGAACAUGGCCAACUAUCCCCAGGACCUGGACGACAGGGAGAACCUGCACAAGAUCUGCAGUUACUGGGAUAACUUCCACUCCUGUGCCACGACGGCGCUGGCGGACUGCCAGGAGGGAGCGACGGACCUCUGGGAGAAACUGAAAAAGGAGUCCCGCAGCCUGGAUUUCCGUGGGAGUUUGUUUGAACUCUGUGGCGGCGGCAAUGCAGCCCCCAGAUCAGCCGACGCCAGGGGCCUCGCCUUGGUCCUAACCACACUGCCCACCAUACUGACUUGGCUGGCGUUUUAA